AUGAAGGAAACUGGAGAAUACUCUAAGAGAGAUUCCCCUAGCAUGGUGAAGCAAGUAAAGCCAUUUCCCUACGGAGGAGAGGCCAAGAAGAAAAAGGAUGAACCGGUAGACUUCAUGGACAUCUUUGGGAAGCUGGAGAUCAACUUGUCGUUCCUGCAGGCCUUGAAGCUGCCUAUCUUCAGCAAGUUCUUCAUAGAGUUCAUCGUUGGGAAGACUAAACCCAGUGACAAGAUAUUGAUCGGGGAAAACGUGUCGGCAGUGAUACAGAAGCCAAGGAUGCCCUCAAAAUACACGGACCCGGGAGUAGGAAUCGUGGAUACGAAAGUGGUAAUCCAGUUAGCGGAUAGGUCGUGCAUUUGUCCAGAGGGGGUUUUAGAAAAUGUGAUAGUCAAGGUGCAUGAUUUCCUGUACCGUGCCGAUUUCCAUGUGAUAAAGAUGAGUGAAAAUGAAUCUGCCGAGUCUAGCGGGGUACUUCUAGGGAGACCUUUCUUACGCACGGCUAAGACAAUCAUUGAUGUUUUUGAUGGUACCAUAUGCUUGGAUUAUCAUGGGGAAAAAUACACGUUCAGCAUAGAUGAAGCCAUGAAGAAACCUUUAGAUAUCGACAAUUCAGAGUUGAGUCACAGCAUCGACAGAGAAGUUGCAGGAUUGUGUGAAGCCAUGAACACUUUCGAGUUGACCGAUGAGGAACUUGUGCAAGCGAUCGUAGAGUUUUGCGGAAAUCCUGAACUUGUCAGGUCAAGGAGAUCAGCCCAUGUUGCGAGUAUGGAAAAUUUACCAGGGCCAGAGAUGGAGAAGAAUCCCUUGCCCCAAGCAAUGAGUGUGCCCAAGAAAGAACUGAAAAAACUUCCACCUGGUCUGAAGUAUGCAUAUUUGGAGGAGAACGAGAUGUUCCCUGUGAUAGAAGGUGCAAAAGCUCAUAAGGAUCCGCAAAGAAAGUUGAACCCGAACAUGAGGGAAGAAGUCCUGAAGGAAGUAUUGAAAUUGCUAUCUCUGGGCAUUAUCUAUUCGAUCCCAGAUAGUGAGUGGGUCAGCCCUGUUCACAUGGUGCCUAAGAAGUUAGGGAUUCAGGUGGAAGAUGUGUAUAGAUUACAGGAAGCUGAACGAAGCAACUAG